CCUCUCAAAGCACCAAACCAAGCUAUUGGAGUCUUGGAGAGUAUGGACCCUCAGAAAAGCCAACCUGAAAAGCAGACUUCGUCUGCUGCACCUGCCCCAUCUGCUACUUCAUGUAGGAAGAAGAAGAAAGAGGAAGCUGCUUUCUUGGAAGAUUUGAAGGAUCACAUUGAUGAGUUUAUUCAUGCGUCUAUGGACGAACACAAAACUUGCUUCCAAAAAACAAUUCAGAAGAUGUUUGGUUUGUCCAAGGUAGUUGCAGAAGUGCACUCCAAUGCCGCAAAAGAAGUUGAAAGUUCUCUGCCUCUUCAGACGACUGUUGUACAAGACUAG